UGGUUAGAAGCUCCUCAAGAAGACCUAUUACGGUCAUCUCUUUUUCUUGGAAUGGAAAAUGAUAAUUAGCCACUCGAAAAAAACAAGUCUAGCAGAUAGUGAUGAGCUCGAAGAUCCUUUCUCGUUGACAAUGACAUCUUCCCUAAGAUGUUUCGAAUUUCAAGAAAAAACCUUUUCAUCAGAAACUCGUAACUAUAAGAGUAGGCUUAAUUCGGAAGGAAAAAACACCCAUUUCUCUUCUUUCUGGAACUUUUCCAGUGGAAGUCCCGUAAAAUCCGAGCUCGGAUUCAGAAAUCUAUCUACCCGUUUCUCAGAAUGGCACCAGAAAUAUUGGGUCGGUCAUGUCAUUUCAGGAUCCUUCAAGUUUCAUCUCUUCUGCUUCUGUGUUUAUCUCAUGGAUUCGGAAGUAAAGUGAUGGAGACCGUUGAGCAUGGAGAUUCCAGUACCGUUCAAGUAGAGGAAACUGUAGUAAAAUCGAGGGAGAUGAUAGAAGUGAUGGAUUAUCCAGAUCCUGGGGCAAACACUAAUCCGAAAACUGGGCACCUUUUCAGCCCUCCUCCACGAGCGUAAUCAAGGUUAUCAACAAUAGAAUUACAGAGAUUGUAAAUUUCUUUUAUUUCCCUCUCCCCCUCCCCCUUAAACCACGCUUGUGUAUGGAUAUGAGUAGGUAGUGUCGUUGAGAAGGUUAAGAGUUGUUUAUGCUACUAAACGUUAUAUUUUCAAGUAUAAUAGAUGAAUGGGAUAUAGGAUUUGCUUGUUGA